GAUGCAUUGCGGGCUGCUGGAGGAGCCUGACAUGGAUUCCACAGAGAGCUGGAUUGAAAGAUGCCUUAAUGAGAGUGAGAGUAAGCGAUACUCCAGCCACACGUCUCUGGGGAACAUGUCCAAUGAUGAACAUGAAGAAAAAGAAAAUAACAGAGCCUCGAAACCACAUUCGACACCCGCUACGCUGGAAUGGCUAGAAGAAAACUACGAGAUAGCCGAAGGUGUGUGCAUCCCCCGAAGUGCCCUCUAUAUGCAUUACCUAGACUUCAGCGAAAAGCACGACACGCAGCCUGUGAACGCGGCCAGCUUUGGAAAGAUCAUAAGGCAGCAGUUUCCAGCACUGACUACCAGACGACUGGGAACAAGAGGGCAGUCAAAGUAUCACUACUAUGGAAUAGCGGUGAAGGAGACCUCCCAGUAUUAUGACGUGAUGUACUCCAAAAAGGGAGCAGCGUGGGUGAACGAGACGGGGAAGAAAGAGGUCACGAAGCAGACAGUGGCGUAUUCACCGCGCUCCAAACUGGGGACGCUCCUGCCAGAGUUUCCAAAUGUCAAAGACCUAAAUUUGCCUGCCAGCCUGCCAGAAGAAAGGGUGUCAACCUUCAUCAUGAUGUACAGAACACACUGUCAGAGGAUACUGGACACCGUUAUUCGGGCCAACUUUGAUGAGGUCCAGAGCUUCCUGCUGCACUUCUGGCAGGGCAUGCCGCCCCACAUGCUUCCUGUCCUCGGCUCCCCUACGGUGGUGAACAUCGUCGGUGUCUGUGACUCCAUCCUCUACAAGGCCAUCUCAGGGGUGCUGAUGCCCACCGUCCUGCAAGCACUGCCUGAUAGUUUAACUCAGGUCAUUCGAAAAUUUGCCAAACAGCUCGAUGAGUGGCUUAAAAUAGCACUUCAUGACCUUCCAGAAAACCUGAGGAAUAUCAAAUUUGAACUAUCGAGGAGAUUUUCUCAGAUCCUAAAGCGGCAAACAUCAUUAAACCAUCUGUGUCAGGCAUCGCGGACUGUGAUAAACAGCGCCGACAUCACCUUUCAAAUGCUGGAGGACUGGAGGAACGUGGACUUGAACAGCAUCACCAAGCAGACACUUUACACCAUGGAGGACUCGCAGGAGGAGCACAGGCAGCUUAUUAUCCACUUGUAUCAGGAGUUUGAUCGUCUGCUGGAGGAGCAGUCGCCGAUCGAGGCUUACAUCGAGUGGCUGGACUCGAUGGUGGAUCGCUGCGUCGUCAAGGUGGCGGGGAAGAGGCCCGGGAGCCUGAAGAAGGUGGCCCAGCAGUUCCUGCUUAUGUGGUCGUGUUUUGGUACCAGAGUCAUCCGGGAUAUGACCCUGCACAGCGCGCCCAGCUUCGGCUCCUUCCACCUGAUUCAUCUCAUGUUUGACGACUAUGUGCUUUACCUGCUGGAGUCCCUGCACUGCCAGGAGAGAGCCAACGACCUCAUGAGGGCCAUGAAAGGCGAGGGCAGCACAGCAGAGAGAGAGGAGGAAUUUACGCUGACAGAAACCGCCCCCGCCUCGCCGUCUCCGGGAUCCUACUCUCCCGCUCGGUCAGUCCACUCUGUCAGCGUCUCCUCGGCCAGCUCUCCCACAGCAGCCGUGUCCCCGGAGUACACCGGAGUACCUGCCACGACAGGCGCUGUUCAGUCAUAUACCUGGUCCCUUACAUACACAGUGACAACAGCAGGCGGGGCCGCUCCAGAGGCCGGGCAGCAGCUGUCCUGUAUGAGGAGCAGCGCUCCCGUACCCCCUCCAUCUUCUGCCCACAGGAUGCCAGUCUACACCCACAGGGAGGAGCACGGGUAUACUGGUAGCUACAACUAUGGCAGUUACGCCAACCAGCAUCCUCACUCCAUCCAGAGCCAGUACCCAAGUUUGGCCCACGACCCAACGAUCCCAGCCCCGCUCCACUACUCCGCCUACCACCGUUCAUCUGCACAGUACCAGCUCAACAGCCAGAUGUCCCGAAUGGAGCCGUGCCUGAUGGGCAGCACUCCUCGGUUGCACCCCACACCUGUCGCCCCCCGGUGGCCAGAUGUGUCACCUGGUAACAGCUGUUACACCAGCCCGCCUAUGCAUUCGUCCCGCUAUGCCACCUCUGGGGAUAUGUACUCACCCCUGGGCCCACGCAGGAACUCAGAGUACGAACACUCGCAACAUUUCCCCGGCUUUGCCUACAUCAACGGGGAGGCCACCACCGGCUGGGCCAAAUAGCCUUAAAUCUGAGAGCUGUGAACACUUUCCAAUCAAGCGCAUGAAAAAAAGGGAACGGAGACUAAAAUGCGCCAGCGUAAGGUAAAACGAAUCAUGGCGUGGAUGUUCUGACAAUUUUAAAACACGCAUUACAUCAAUCACAUCCAAUGAUUGGCUGCAACUUGUGGGGAAGUUUAUUAAAGUUUCUUCAGCAGUCAACGGAAGAAAAACAAAAUAAGAUUGCAGCAAAAUCAUUUUGAGAGUGCAAUGCUGCUGCCAAGCUGUGCCUUCGAUUUAAGGAAUGUACACCUCUGCCAGAGUUUCCCUCAUCCGCGAGGUCGGGCGCACACGCGGUCCCACCAACCCGCCCGCCCCUCCGUCAGUGAUGUCAGCGACUGACGGCUCUGCGUGCUCUAAGCUGUACAAUCUCAGUCUCCUCUUGUUGCUCAGCAGUAUCCUGUCGUGAACCCUCUGCAGCAGAUGCUUGCACUGCAGCUCGAUAAUGAUGAUGAUGGACUGCACUGCCUUAACAUUCUCCUGGGAUACAUCACAGGUGACCGAUAUAAACUCAAGAAAGACCUUGAUGGGUGUGUUAAGGUUUCUUCAUCUUGGAUACUUUUUUUUUUUAAAAUGAUGAAC